AUGAGUCUCUUCAAACCUCCAUCGUCCAAACCGUCAUCGUCGAAGGGCAAGGAGAAGGCUGCACUCCAAGACCCCGACUUUCAAGACAUUGACCCAACGAUCACAUACCGUCACAUUAUUUCCCCUCCCCCGCAUGCUCGCAACCCACUACGAGUCAUUUCGCUGUGCGAUAGCGACGCAUUCUACGCGACUUGUGAACAAGUACGCCUCGGCAUUGACCCGUCCAAGCCUCUCGUGGUCAGACAGUGGGACUCUUUGAUUGCCGUCAACUAUCCGGCAAGGAAGUUUGGAAUCUCGCGCAUGGAUAGAUGGAGGGAUGCGUUAAAGAAGUGCCCUGAGCUCGUCAUCGUUCAUGUGGCGACAUAUAAGGAGGGGGAUCAAGAGCCCGUCUACCGUGAUAAUCCCGACACAACGAACCACAAGAUAUCUCUAGACUUCUACCGUCGUGAGAGCGGCAAGGUGCUCGGUAUAUUCAAAGAAGGACUGACUACGGGUGUCGUCGAGAAGGCAUCUAUCGACGAAGUCUUUCUCGAUCUCACUGUUCCAGUCCGCGAUAUCAUGCUCGAGCGUUAUCCACACCUUUCCCAAGUACCACCCAACGCACCGGCCGGACUUGAUACCCCGCUUCCACCAGCUCCUCAUAUCGACUGGGACGGGCAUGGAAUAUUGAUACCCGUAUACCCCGAGAGCAAAGAUGCUGAAGGCACUGAGACCGGCGAAGCGCCAGUACUACGGCCCGAGCCAGCCCCAACUUGGCACGAUGUAGCGCUCUCCAUUGGCGCCGAGUUGAUGAACACGCUCCGAAAUACAGUCAAGACAACACUUGGGUACACCAUGUCCGCGGGCAUCUCGCGAAAUAAGUAUCUUGCGAAGCUUGUAGCUUCCUACAAGAAGUUUGAUAGCCAAAGCAUCCUCCGCAAUUCUGCGAUUCCAGGCUAUCUACGCCCGUUACCCUUUCAGAAGAUCCGUAUGCUAGGCGGAAAGCUCGGACAGUCGUUGUCUGACGCGUUCAGUGCUGCAACAGUCGGCGAUAUGCUAACGGUAUCUCUUGAGGAGAUCCAACGUCAGUUUGGCGACGAGUCGACAUGGAUCUAUGAGCUCUUUCGCGGUAUUGAUCGUUCCGAAGUGAAAGACAAGACGUCGCUAUUGACCAAAAGCAUGAUGGCAUCCAAGAACUUGCCGCACCCGAUCACCAAAUCAUCGGAUGGACCCAAGUGGAUGCGCGCUCUAGCAGCUGAACUGGCUUUACGCUUGAAGGACAUUCGUGAGGAGCGGCCCGCGGUAUGGCCGAAGACCUUGGUCUUACACGUUCGGCGAAUCGGGCAAACUUACGGCGAGGGCCGGUCCAAGCAGAUGCCGUUCCCGUUCACCAAUGAUCUGAAUGUCGAGUCGGUUGCUGUUCCCGCCAGUAAGCUCUGGAAGGAGCUUGUGGGCAUCGAUGACUCGAAGGACGUCAAGAUUACGCAUCUUGCUCUGGGAUUCGGCGGCGUAGAAGCAGGAGAGAUAGGGCAGCAGAAUAUAUCGGGGUUCUUCCAAUCUACUGUUCCAACCUCAUCUGACAAGCCACGCUCCCGGAGUGCUCCUGUGAGCAAGCGGAAACGGGAGUCUUCCGAUGAAGGCAGCGGCUCUACGAGUCCGACUAAGGAGACAUUUGUCUGUCCCCGCUGCCAGAUUCGUGUCGAGGUCCCCGAGAUCGACUCCGCCUCCAACGAGGACGAGCGCGCCGUGGCGCUGGCCAAGGCCCAACAAGAGCACGAAGACUUCCACGUUGCGCAGGACCUUGCGAAGACCGACUCGUCUGGAGCGCCUGGCUUUAGACCGUCCACCGCCGUCGCUACGGAGCGCCCAGCUAAGCGCAAGAAGCCGGCCUUGGGUAAAGGCGGGAAGGCGAUCGGGGCUGAGAAGGGUAUUGCAAAGUUCUUCGUUAGCAAAUAG